AUGUUUUUCCCAGAAUAGGAAUAUAAAAUUAGUACUAAAGUAGAUAUUCUACAUAUAUAUUAGAGCGAAGAGGAGUUGAAAAAGUUGACUUUGGAAGAAGAUUUAAGUGAAUGUUAAAGAUCUAUUUAUAUUUUGACAAAGGGAUAAUAAUUGCAAAAAAAAGCUGUAUAUUAUUGUUUUAUAUCUCUAGGUUUAUUCUAAUUUACACAAGAUUUUAAGGGAACCUAAUGCUUUUGAAUUUCUAUUUUAAGUUAUAAUGUAAAUAUAUUAAUUCUACAAUUUCAAGCGAAGAAAUCUAAUAACAAGAAGAAGACAAUUAAAUAAUUGCAGCUAAAUCACUUUAGAAGUUAAUUAAAGAGAAUUCUCUAUAAAUUGAAGAAUUAUUACAAAUUUAUGAUUUGACAACUCAAAUAUUAAAAAUUUGGUCACUUCCAGUUUUAAAUGAAUGGGUUUUAACUAUGGAUAUAUUACUAAGAACAAUAGGCAUAAACAAUAUUCUCAUUCCAGUUUAAUAAUUAAUACUACUUUUAACUGAUAGUUCAUAACCAACAAUUUCUCGUUAAAGCUCUGCUAAACUAAUAGGUACUUUAGCUUAAGUAAUAUUUGUUUUAAAAAUAUAAGCUACUUGGAAAUGAAAUUAAAGGUCCAAUUCUUGAUAGGGCUAGGAAUUUAUGUUCAGAUCAUGAUAAAGAAAUUCGAUUAAUUAUGGCUGAUGAUGUGUUAAUUAAAGUUUGUUAAUCAAUAUCCAGUGAUUUAAUAGAGUGUUAUUUAAUAGAAAAAAUAAUGGAAUUAUAUUAUGAUACUGAUUAAAUUGUAAGAAGUUCAGGUAUGAAGUUAUUUUUUACAAUUGCAAAUAAUUUAUCAGUAGAUGAAAUUAAAAACAGAUGUACUAAAUAAUUUAUUGAUUCAAUAUAAAGUUAAAAUGAAGAGAAUAGAUUAGUCAUGUCUAAAAUUUGUGGACGAGUAUUUCAUCUUGUAAUUAAAUAUCUUUAAUUAUAAUUAGAUAAAAGAUUAUUUGAAUUAACAUUAAUUCACACUUUUUCUUAAUAUUUAUAUGUCUUAUCCUAAAAGUAAGAAUAUAGAUGUAAGAGUCAACUUUAUUAGUAAUUUCCCUGCUCUUUUAUCUUUGGCAUCAAAGAAAUUUGAAUAUUUUUAAGAAUCUUAUUUACAAUGUUGUAAUGACACUAAUGAAUUUGUUUUAAGAGCCAUAAUCAAUUGUUUCCAUGAAGUUGUACUACUUUCUGAAAAUACUGACAUAUUGUUUUAGGUUUUCAUUAAUUUUAUGAAAUCAAAGAGUUUAACUAUAUUGGAUAUUUUAAUAUUCAGAUUUUCAUCUAUUAUUAAUUCAUUUCAAAAACAAGUAUUAUGUUCAUAAUAUGCUUAGUCAGUAACAACCACAAUUUGGUCAACCAGCACUUGAAUUAUUGAAUAAUCUAAUUACAAGAAAUCUUUGGGAUUUCUAAAUCUAAUUGCUUGAACAAUUUAAAAAAUGCCAGUAAAUUUUUAAUGAUGUGAAUAUGUUUAUGAAUGCAAUGAUUAAUGUAAUUGCUAAGGGUAUUCCUAAAACUAAACAAUUGUGUUGUGAUAAUAUAGCUUAAUAUCUAAGUCAGUAUGGAGAUUUGAGAAAAAGAAAGGAUUGGAUAAUUUAAUUAUUUGAUCUUUAUUUCAAAUCUGAUAUCUACUAUAAUAGAAUUACCUUUAUUAAUAUUGUUGAAUCAUUUUCUGAAUACAUAUCUAAGAAAUUAUUCAAACAAUAUGAAUUCUUUGAUAUUCUGAUAUUUUCAAAAGAUCCUAUUGUAAAUGUCAGAAUGAGAUUAAUAAAGGUAAUAAUUUAAAAUCAUUAUAGAUUUUACCAUUAUUAUUUAAAAAAAUAGAUAGUGAUGAUCUAACUAUCUUAAAUAUGUUUAAUGAAGCAGUUUAAGAUUGUAUUAUGAAUGGAUCUCGUUCUUUUUAAUUUAUGAUUCAGUAAACCAAAGAGGAGUUAUUAAAACCUAAUGACGAAAAUUCAUUAAAUAAAAAAGAUUAAGAAAUGAUGGAGAAAGAAGAAAUCAUAUUUAAAAAUGAUUAAAAGUAAAGACAACUAUUAUUGGAUUAAGAGAGAGAUGAUUUGGAAAUUAAUAAAAUUGAUUUAAAUGAUUACUUAAAUAAAUACAAAAAAAAGUAUCCACUUAGCAAAAUCAAGAAUACCAAUUAAAGUUAAACUAAUUUGUUUAAAAGACAAUAAAUUUAAAAUGGAGCUUCUACCUUAAUAAUUAAGAAAUCAGUAGAUUUUGAUUCCAAGAGUCCUUUAUUAGAAUGUACUUAAAUUACAAAAAAGCCAGUCUUGAAAUCCAAGACUCCUACAACAAAAAGUAUGAGUGAUAUUAAAAAGCAAUUCAAGCUUCCAAGUAUCAAAAAAUGA